GGUUCGUCCUGACGAGGGUUCGUUCCGGUGGGAAGAUGAGGCCCUGCAUCUCAAUCAAGCAGCCUGGACAUGUUUUGAUAAGGUCCUCUAUCCUGGAAACGUGAUCUGUUAUGUGCCUUCCUUUAUACAACAAUGA